GGGGUGGCGAGAGGGGGUGGUGGGAGGUGGUUGAUACGCAGAGACGCUGUUGUGGUGUGGUGUGUUGUGUUAUGGUGUGUUGUAGCAUACGGAGUUUGUUGCUUUGCGUUGUGGCGCGUGGGUUUUGGUUUGGUUUGGUGGCUUCCUCCCCGCUGGAUGGACUGGCCGGCCUGGUUAGGGUUGGGCCGAUGUCAUCUGGAGAGAGAGAGGGGCUUGCCUUUUUUCUUUUCCCUUUCUUUUCCCUUCUCUUCCCGCUUGGCUUUUUGGUAAAAAGCCCAGACAGACUGAUUGUUGUUGUUGGGAACGGUGGACUGGGUUGGUUGGGUCAUAAAGACGGGUUGGGCUAGUUUACCAUAUCCUCCCUCCAUACAUAGUAGAAAGACGCGCGCGAUGCAUGGGCUUGUGGGGUCGGGUUUGGAUGGGCGCUGGCUUGGGGGGGUUUGGGUUUCGGUUGGAUCGGUUGGCUGGCUGGAUGGCUGGAUGGUGCUUUGGGUGGUUGGCUUCUGGCUUUUUACCCUUGGCUUACUUACUGCUACUACUACCUACUACCUACAAGGUGCAUAGGCGUCGCUUGGCGGGUUCAGUAUAGUAAGCAAUAUCUGUGAUGUA